AUGGCCCGCAGGGGCCUUCGGCCGGGAGGGCUGCCCUUGGCGAACGCCUGCUGGCAAGGCCGCCCCCUCCCCUCCUCGCCCUGUCCCACGCCCCGCUCCGGUCGCGAAGAAACCGCCGCCCCACGCCUGCGCGGCGAGACCGUCUGCCCAGGCACUGCGGCGGCCGCCAAUAUCGAGGCCGGUGAAGACCCCCUCCGUCCCGGGGAGCGGAGGCGCGCACGCCGCGCGGUGGGGCGGGAGCGGGUGGCCGGGACUGGCGCGUGGCCGCGGCCGUUGCUAAGGGGCUGUGUUCCGGCCGCCGUAGUUCAAGGCAAAAGAAAAGAGGAAUAUACUAAGAUGUCACCUGAAGUUGCCUUGAACAGAAUCUCUCCAGCACUCUCACCCUUCAUUUCCAGUGUGGUCAGAAAUGGAAAAGUGGGACUGGAUGCUACUAAUUGUUUACGGAUUACAGACUUGAAAUCUGGCUGUACGUCCUUGACACCUGGACCUAGCUGUGAUCGGUUUAAGCUACAUAUCCCUUAUGCUGGAGAAACACUCAAAUGGGAUAUAAUUUUCAAUGCUCACUAUCCUGACCUGCCACCAGAUUUUAUCUUUGGAGAAGAUGCUGAAUUUUUGCCAGAUCCUUCUGCCUUGCAUAAUUUAGCAUCUUGGAAUCCUUCAAACCCGGAAUGCCUCCUGCUUGUUGUGAAAGAGCUUGUGCAACAGUAUCACCAAUUUCAGUGCAGCCGAUUACGUGAGAGCUCUCGUCUCAUGUUUGAGUAUCAGACUUUACUUGAAGAGCCCCAGUAUGGAGAAAACAUGGAAAUCUAUGCUGGCAAAAAAAACAACUGGACUGGAGAAUUCUCAGCUCGCUUCCUCUUGAAGCUGCCUGUAGAUUUCAGCAAUAUUCCUACAUACCUUCUCAAGGAUGUGAAUGAAGAUCCUGGAGAAGAUGUCGCACUUCUGUCCGUUAGUUUUGAGGAUGCAGAAGCUACUCAGGUUUUUCCCAAGCUGUAUCUCUCCCCACGUAUUGAACAUGCGCUUGGAGGAUCAUCUGCCCUUCAUAUUCCAGCCUUUCCUGGUGGCGGUUGUCUUAUCGACUAUGUACCCCAAGUAUGCCAGCUGCUAACAAAUAAGGUACAAUAUGUUAUUCAGGGAUACCAUAAGAGAAGAGAGUAUAUCGCAGCUUUCCUGAGUCACUUUGGAACUGGUGUGGUGGAAUAUGAUGCAGAAGGCUUCACAAAGCUUACUCUGUUGCUGAUGUGGAAAGAUUUUUGCUUCCUUGUUCACAUCGAUCUACCCCUGUAUUUUCCUCGAGACCAACCGACCCUGACGUUUCAGUCCGUCUACCACUUCACUAACAGUGGCCAGCUCUACUCCCAGGCCCAGAAGAAUUACCCAUACAGCCCCCGUUGGGAUGGCAACGAAAUGGCCAAGAGAGCCAAGGCCUAUUUCAAAACAUUUGUCCCUCAGUUCCAGGAGGCAGCAUUUGCUAAUGGGAAGCUCUAGGCAGCCGCGGGCACGGAGAUGACACUGGACAGAUCCUUCACUCUGCGCUUGUCAGCCCACACGAAGAACUCCUGGAAGUGGGUUGGACUGUCUUAAUAACGUGCAUUCUUGCCUCUGAAAUGGUUUUAGUAGCUUCAGUUUCUGUCAGAUUUCUGAAACAAAGACAUCAUUAGCAUGCUUAAAAUGGGAUAUUUGAUAUUCGUCCUGUCCCUUUGCCUCUGCUGUCACCAUUCCUUUAUGUAUCUACUGGAUUAAAUCUAAAAGGGCGUGUUUUGGUGUGAUAACAUUUUCUUGUGCCAGCACAAUAUCCUGUGUGUUAGGCCUUGUUUCCUUGACUUCAGAUGGUGUAAAUUGUAUUUUUUUUUUCCCCACAGAAAUAUGGUGUAAUUUGUAUCUUUAGUUAACAUUUCCAGCUUAUCCUAAGAAAAUAUAAAACUGCCGUAUGUACCGGGAAUGCCUCAUGGACUGUACGGUGCCAUAUUCUGCCUUGGAGCUUUGCGUCUCACUGUGGUUGUUAUUCUCACAGGUAUGGAUAUGAGUUGCACAGUUCAAUUCUCAGUGCCUUUCAAGUUGGUCUGAUAUCUAUAUGGCAGGGUGUUGAACGUUUGUUGUGUUUUGUUGUUUUGGGGUUUUUUUUAUGUUUCAGUUGAAAGCUCAUCGUAGAUUAAAUGCUAUGUUUUUAUGCUUUGUUUUUAUUUCCAGUUGUACAUUUUGGGUGUUUUUCUAAUGAACUCCUCUUGCCAUUACAAAAAAGUUCUACUUCUUCGCUACCACUGUGCAAGGAACUAGUUAUAUAAAUCAGUAUAACAAAAUAAAUCUCCAUCACAAACCUGCAAUUUUUCCAAGCAAGAUAAAUAUUGCUAAAGAGCAAACUUUCAACAAAGGAAUGAAUGAUGUCUUGGAAAAUAACUGAUGAAAUAAUGUAGGGCUAUAGGUAUUUAGCUUUAGUUCAACAUGUCUUCUCAGAAGUAAUAUUAAGUGUAUAUAACUGGAAACAUCGCCUCCCCUAAUUCUGAAAUGCCAAACGCAAAAUCCCAUUUAUUCAUCCUUUCUUUCACGCUUGUGUCAGGCGCACCAGUUGGGGCUGACUGUCACGAUGUCACUUCCUACAUUAAUUUGUAAAUAGACCAGGGUACUUUCCAGUAAGGAAUAAAAUUAACAGUGUAUGUUGCUUAUAAAUGGGCUAUGGAAAAUGUGCCCUGCUUCUGCUAAAUAUGAGGAACUAAAUGAAUAGUAUGCAGAUGAUACAGUGGCACUGGAAAACAUUUAAUUUGAAAUCAUUCACUCUAACACCACUGUCUGCUUAUGCAAUGAAAUCUCAUCAAAUUACUUGAUUGGCAGGAUUCUCCUGCCCUUUCUAAAACUUGUUAUUUUACAUUGAAAAUAGUGCUUUGCAGUGGAAUGUCCAUGUAGGAAAUGUAGAUGGGUUUUGAGCAGUGAAGCUUAAUAAUUAAGAAUUAUCCAAAAAAAUUGCCUCUAGAAACUACGGGUAUUUUUUAGCUAGUUUAAAGGCAAAAUUUUAGUCUAAUAUUGAAGUUCUUGCCCAGAAAUUAAGCUUCAAACAAAUCAGAAGUCUUACUGCAGAUCUAGGGAGGAGGGGGCAUAUUCUGUCCUGUGACCCACCCCCUCGUGUUAUCUGGGAGCUGUAAAGGGCUCCAAAGGUCUGAAUCUGAAUUCUCCCCAUGGAGGCAUUGCAUUAGGCUUUUGUGUUGAAACCAAGACCUACAGCAGAUGUGGAGGGUCAUGGUUUUAUGUGAAACUGUAAUUGCACGACUUGAAAUGACUGAAAACAGACAUCGAUCAGUAUAGCGGAACGAUCUCACAUUUGCGUUUCUUCAGGUAAAAGUCAAAGCCACACACAAGUAUUCAAGAAAAAGCAAACUCUUGUGAAUGGGCUGGGAGAAGGAGGGUGGCUAAUGAAAAACAUCCGUUCUUAUAGUGUUCAAAAUCUGGCAGAAACCAUCUCUAGCAUCUUCAAAAGGUAAAAACGAAACCCUCAAGUUGCGUCAAUAGAUUCCUGGACUCUUUUAUAACCUUCUGUUUGAUUCAGUAUUGUAGUGAUUGCCCCAUGAACGCAGUGUUGGCAUUAUGUACCUGAUUGUCUAAGUGGCUUUAGCUUUUUUUUUUUAAUCUUUUCAGAAGUUACCGCCAUUCAAAGCCUAGCAAUUGCAAAAUGUUGCAAAAAGAGGUCCGCUCUUCAGAAUUAAUACUCAUUUUCAACCAAAAAUGCAUCCUUCACCUCAAUCCUAGUAAUUCUGGACAAAGGACUGCUUUAUUAUUAAAGAACUAAGAAUUUUAGAAACCAUGUAAGAAAAGACUUGGAGGAUGUAAAAAGCCUAAACCAGCAAUUCCUCAUCUUGAAUUCAAUAGUUGCACCAACUUUUCACUAGUAUAUACAGAAACGAACAAAUGGUUUGUCUAAUUUUACAUCACAGAAUCACAGAAUGGUCGGGAUUGGAAGGGGCCUCUGGAGAUCAUCUCGUCCAACCCACCUGCUAAAGCAGGUUCUCCCAGAGCAGGUGGCACAGGAAUGUGUCCAGGUGGGUUUUGAAUGUCUCCAGAGAAGGAGACUCCACAACCUCUCUGGGCAGCCUGUUCUGGGGCUCUGGCACCCUCAGAGUACAGUAGUUUUCCCUCAUAUUGAGAUGGAACCUCCUAUGGUUCAGUCUAUGCCUGUAGCCCCUCAUCCUAUCACUGGGCACCACUGAAAGGAGUCUGAUCCAGCCUCUUGACACCCACCCUUGAGAUAUUUAUAAGCAUUGAUAAGAUCCCUCUCAGCCUUCUCUUCUCCAGGCUGAACAGACCCAGCUCUCAGUCUCUCCUCAUAAGAAAGAUGCUCCAGACCCCUCAUCAUCUUCGCAGCCCUGAUAUCAUGCUACAGCUGGUAAUGUUUAAAAAAAAAAAAAAGGUAGAAGUUGAGAAACUGAACUGUUUGUGUCUAAGAUAAAGUCUGCAAGUUUGACAGUUUUCAGAUUAGAAGAAAAUGCAUUUUUCUUACACUCAAUGAACAUAUACCUUAUUUCAAAACCAGCCUUGCGCUCUCUGACCUCCACAGUAUUUUAUGGAGCCCUUCCUGAUAGUUCUCCAAAUGAUGUUUCGGGGGUGGUAGCACUACACAUGGGGUAUUGGGACGAAAGACAUGAAAAUGAGUGAGCUCUUCAGAAGGAGCAUUACCAUAUAAAUUCUACAUCAGAAACAAGAGUCGGCUUGAAUAAUUUUAUAUCGAAUCAAGUAUUCAUUGAAGGCAAUCAAGUUAGCCACAAAAGUUUUAAUCUAAUAAAUUGGAGUUAUUUCUGUUCUCUCCUGUUUUAUGGUAAUAUCCAUUGUGACCAGUUUAAUGGCAGUGAGACUUUCAGCGCUUGCUUUCCUGUUACGUGAUAUAUGCCCUUACAAGGAGUAGUCAGAGCUAGGCUAGUUUCUUUGGUUUAUGAGAACCACAAAACACAGGAGAAAAAUAGCGAUUGUUACAAACAUAUCAGCAAGCCUAAAUUCUACUCUGUCAUAAUUUGUAUUUAAAGAAUGCAGUGAAUCUCUACUUACUAAUCUCUAUUAAUGCAUAAUUUCCAAAGGUCCUUAAAGUGCAAACUUCAAUCAAGCCUUUAUUCGUCCACGUACAUAAUCCACUGUGCUAGAAGUUAUACCAGGUCUUUCAGAUUGAAAGUUAUAUGUUUUGUGAACUUGCUGGAAAGACUGGAGAAAGAGCUGGAAGAACAAAGAAUAGUUAACUAUA